AGUUCGGUCAGGAGCUCGGCAAUAAUUGUCCCCUAGUUUCAACUUGUCUUAAAUUGAAGCACAUCAUUGAAGUGAUCACUUUCUUCUUUUGGACAAGGGAACAGUGGAAGCUAUGUUAGCUUUUUCUCUUUGUUCACUUCACAUCCCAAUAGCACAUAAAACACAAACCCCAUUAAAAAAAUCCAUGUUCUUGAAGUCACAAAUCCAUUCAACACUUCCAUUAAUUCGUGGGAACACUUCAAAAUUCAAGCUUUUCACUGCCUUAUCACCUUCUCCGUUAACAGAGUCUAGUAGUAGUAACCUUGAAGUGGAUGAUGAACCAGAAGUUGAAACAGGUUCAGAGAAAUUUGACUGGUACUCACAGUGGUAUCCUUUGAUGCCAAUAUGUGAUCUUGACAAAAGGGCACCUCAUGCUAAGAAGGUGAUGGGAAUUGAUGUUGUUAUAUGGUGGGAUAGGAAUGAGAGUGCAUGGCAAGUUUUUGAUGAUGCUUGUCCUCAUAGAUUAGCACCUUUGUCUGAAGGAAGGAUUGAUCAAUGGGGUAGGUUACAGUGUGUGUAUCAUGGUUGGUGUUUUAAUGGAUCAGGUGAUUGCAAGUUCAUUCCUCAGGCACCUCCUGAAGGACCUCCGAUUCAUACGUCCAAAAAAGCAUGUGUAGCUGCUUAUCCAAGCACUGUGCAGAAUGAUAUCUUGUGGUUUUGGCCAAAUACUGAUCCUCAAUACAAAGAUAUUAUUACAAGGAAAACACCCCCAUUCAUACCAGAAAUUGAUGAUCCGUCUUUUACUAGCUUUAUGGGAAACAGAGAUAUUCCUUAUGGGUACGAGGUACUGGUUGAAAACCUCAUGGACCCUUCACAUGUUCCAUAUGCACACUAUGGAUUAACUCCAGACCCAAAAGGGAAUAAUGCUGAUAGAGAAGGAGGAACACCACUUGAUUUCUCAGUUGAAGAGUUAGAUAUCAAUGGUUUCACUGCAAAUCAGGGUUGGAACAAAAGCAAAUUUAUGCCGCCAAGCAUCUUUUAUCUCUAUAGUGAGCCAGAUAAACUUGCAUCUUCUGUUGAAACUAAGAAAUCAUCAGUUCAGAAGAAAUUUUCUAUGAUCUUUAUUUGUAUACCUGUGAGUCCUGGUAAAAGCAGACUGAUUUGGUGCUUUCCAAGAAACUUUGGAGUGUGGGCCGACAAAAUUGUACCACGAUGGAUUCUUCAUAUGGGACAAAACUUGAUUCUAGAUUCAGAUUUAUAUCUUCUCCAUGUUGAGGAACAAAAAAUAAUGGAUGUUGGUCAAGGAAAUUGGCAUAAGGCCUGUUUUGUGCCAACAAAGGCAGAUGCUCUUGUGAUUGGUUUUAGAAAAUGGUUAAAGAAGUAUGCAGGUGAUCAAGUUGAUUGGAGAGGAAAAUAUAGUGGUGCUCUGCCUCCUACACCUCCUAGAGAACAGCUUAUGGACAGGUACUGGAGCCAUACGGUGAAUUGCAAGAGUUGCAAUUUUGCCUAUAAGAGUCUUAAUGUGGUGGAAGUGAUGCUGCAGAUUAUAUCUGUUGCUUCAAUUGGGUUUGUUGCCACAAUGAAGCAGGGAAUAGUUUCAGCUGCAACAAGAAAUUCAAUAGUUGUGCUGGCUAUACUUUCAUUCGCAUUGUCGCGGUUGUUAGCUCACUUUAUUUACAAAAACUUUCGAUAUCAUGACUACAACCACGUACGCUCUUCGAUGAAAUGUGUUUCCUUAAUUAUAUUUCUCCAAGCUGGUUACGUAUAUACUCCCUCCGGUCCUAAAUUUAUAAUAGACAUUUGAGCCGGCAUAAAUUGAUGUGUAUGGUCUAAAUUUUGAACUAGAUACAUCAAAUUUUGUUGACUCAAAAAUCUCUUAUAAAUGUAGUGAAGUUCUAUAAAAACAAAGCUUUUAGUUAUUGUUACUCAAGAAGUGCUUUGAAACAUUUGUCUGUUGUUGGAACCUGUGAAGGUUCAUAGUGACCCAAAUUCUUAUAAUCUUUUUUGGAUGAGUGAGAGCACUUUUAGUUGCCUUUCUAGA